AUGGCUUCCUCACAAGAAAUGGCAAACACCAACAAGAAUCUACGGCUCUUGGUGGUCUCCAACAGACUCCCUGUCACUGUUUCAAAAGACCCCACUACCAACAAGUACGAUUUCAAAAUGUCGUCUGGCGGUUUGGUUGCUGCAUUGAGCGGUUUGAAGAAAAUGAUGUCGUUCACUUGGAUCGGCUGGCCAGGCAAGGACAUCCCUAUGGAGGAUCGUAAAGAUGUCGAGGAUCGUUUAUUACGUGAAACGUCGACCAUGCCAGUAUUCGUCGAUCAAGAACUUGCUGAUUUACAUUACAAUGGUUUCUCCAACAGUAUCUUGUGGCCGCUGUUCCAUUACCAUCCAGGAGAGAUCUCGUUCAAUGAAGAAUGGUGGGAAGGUUAUCAAAGAGUCAACCAGCAAUUUGCCGAUGCCAUUGAACGUAUCGUCGAGGACGGUGAUCUCGUAUGGAUCCAAGAUUAUCAUCUCAUGUUGCUACCUGCCAUGUUACGAAAGAAGACCAAAAAGGAUAUCAAGAUUGGUUGGUUCCUGCACACUCCCUUCCCAAGCAGUGAGAUUUACAGAAUUCUACCUGUACGCAAAGAGAUUCUUUUGGGUGUGCUUGAAAGCGACUUGCUGGGCUUCCACACGUACGAUUAUGCACGUCACUUUUUAUCGUCAUGUACCCGCAUUCUCGGGCUUUCAACAAUGCCGAAUGGUGUGGAAUACGAAGGAAGAUACAUUCACGUUGGCACUUUUCCCAUUGGUAUCGACCCUGACAAGUUCACUGAUAAUCUCAAAAACGUCCAAGUACAAGCACGUAUUGCACAACUAAAGCAACGUUUCGGUGACUGCAAGUUGAUUGUCGGUGUGGAUCGUUUGGAUUAUAUCAAAGGUGUUCCACAAAAGAUGCAUGCCAUGGAAGUGUUUCUGAGUCAACAUCCAGAAUGGGUGGGAAAGGUCGUACUCGUGCAACUCGCUGUGCCUUCUCGUGAAGAUGUCGAAGAGUACCAGCAUCUGCGUAGCACAAUCAAUGAAUUGGUGGGUCGUAUCAAUGGCCAAUAUGGUACGGUGGAAUUUGUCCCCAUUCAUUUCAUGCAUCGAUCCUUACCAUUUGAUGAGCUCACUGCAUUGUACGCUGCAUCCGAUGUGUGUCUCGUAUCCUCAACACGUGAUGGCAUGAACUUGGUGUCGUACGAAUACAUUGCUUCUCAAAAGGACACCCAUGGUGUUUUGAUCUUAUCCGAAUUUGCUGGUGCUGCUCAAUCAUUGAAUGGUUCGAUUAUUGUGAAUCCAUGGAACACUGAGGAAAUGGCAAAUGCCAUCUAUGAAGCUGUCACUAUGCCCGACGACGUCCGAAAGGCCAAUCAUCAAAAGUUGUAUCGCUAUGUGACAAAGUACACGGCUGCUUAUUGGGGUCUUUCUUUUGUCAAUGAGCUAAGACGUAUCAGUGAAGAAUUCGGACAUCGCAUGUCAAUCCCUGAGCUUAGCUUUGACAAUGUUGUGAGCCAAGCCAAAAAGUCGACCAAGAAGAAAUUGAUCUUGCUGGAUUAUGAUGGCACUUUGACAACCACACACAAGCUGCCCGAAUUUGCCAAGCCAUCACAAACCGUACUCGAUCGAUUGAAAGCCUUGGCUGCACAACCUGAUACUUUUGUGUACAUUUUAUCUGGACGUGGUCGAAAGCACUUGGAUGCAUGGUUUGAUUCGACAGGCGUGGGCUUAUCAGCAGAACACGGUUGUUUUUACAAGCAUCCUGCCAAUAUUCGUGACAAGAUUGAUCCAGCAGCGAGUGCAGCACGUGACGGCAAGGUGAUCAAGGAAUUGGAUGGCAAAUGGUAUUGCUUGGUGGAACAAAUUGAUCCCACUUGGAAAGAAACGAUUCGACCCUUGUUCCAACACUACACAGAGCGCACCCCUGGUUCCUUUAUCGAAGAAAAGGAAAUCAACCUUACAUGGCAUUAUCGUAACGCUGAUCCCGAAUUUGGAAGCUGGCAGGCCACAGAGUUGCAGGUCAAUUUGGAAAAGUUAUUGAGUCACAUGGCACUCUCGAUUGUGUUGGGUAACAAGACAUUGGAACUUCGACCUUCAUCCAUCGACAAGGCUACCGCUGUGCGUCAUAUUCUCAAGGACUUAGAGCUACCAAGCAUUGAUUUCAUUCUCUGCGUGGGAGAUGGCAAGACCGACGAGGUGGUAUUCAGCUUGCUCAAUGAUAUUCCUCAUUCCAUUACCAGCACCGUUGGCAAGAAACAAACCGAGGCACACAAUUACAUACCAAAUGUUGACAUGGUGAACAACCUUUUGGAUCAACUCGGCAACAUUUAA